GUGAGGGCAAGCGUCAAGAAGUUUCAAUCCGGAGAGUAGAAGAAUUAUUCUUCUUUUUUUUUUUAAUGAUGUUUUUUUGACAAGCGUCCUCGGCUAUUGAACGCAACACUUAUUUAAGAAGGACAAAACCUGGAGCAAUCAAAACAUGGAAGGCAAAUUUGAGAACGCUCUUCUUGCGAUCGCUUGCUAAAUUAGCGGUAGCUAGUUAGCUCGUGCGCUAUCGGUUAGCUAGCAGGCUAGCUAAUGUUGAAAUGCUAGGACCUGGAUUACAAGGACCCGGCACCAUCAGGCGUUUCUUUAGUGAUUUUUGGCCUUUUAAAGGGAUUACUUCGACAGACAUUUGUUAGUAUUGCUAAUGCAGUGGGUUUUGUGUAGGUCGGAAAAGAAAAAAAUCGUCGCUGGGAAGAAUUUGGCUAUCUUAGCUAGCUAAUUGGCUAGCUAUAUAGCUACCAGCUGAAUUCGUUUCAAAUGUUUGGCUUUGUUUACCGGGGACUGGGCACUGGAAACAAUCAUUUCAGAACGGAAAUAUUCAACUCGACCAAUUUUUAGAUGCCUAAUCCGGAGAUUUCUCACGAGGGUCGGGGCAGGAGCCCCCUGACACAAAGGAAUCCCAGACAUGAGAGACGAAGUAAAGCUGGGAGCGGUGCUAACGCUACCCAGCGAGAGAAACACCGGGAGAAGAGGCGCUCGUCGUCGUCUCGUCGGAAAAAACACAAGCACGCCAAGGAGAGAGAGCCGUGGCACACACCGGAGAACCCGGACGGCGAACGUCGAGGUGCUUUUGAGCGAGAUGGGGACAUUCACAGCCUGGUGGAGUACGACGACGUUAGUUCCCAGUCUGAACGUUUUUCUGGAAGCCCUUCGCCGAAAGCAGACAGGCGCUCGGUUGACCGAUUAAGCGAAGUUGAGCUCCAAGAUAGUAACUUAAGCGGCAAUACGUCGCCAGAUAGAAGAUCGCGAAGAGACCACAAUUCCGCUUAUUCAAAGCGAGACGAAAGCAGUGGCUCAACGGAGAGAAGCAGACAAGACCGAGAAAUUAAAAGAAAGGAUCGCGCCAGUCGUGAGAGAGACCCACCGUCGAAAUCCCGCGGUGGAAGCGGCACCAGCGGAAACAAAACCAGCAGAGACGGUGUUAGGAAUCACGACAGCAACGGCAAAAAGCCAGCCACGGCCAUGGCUACAGACAAAAAGGAGUCCAAGCGACACAAAAGUAGAACAAGGUCGGAAAAGGAUCCUCCUUCUGCAUAUAGGGAAACGCCGCAAGCUUACAGGGACGAGCGCGAAGAACUCCGGGCCUACAGGAGAAGUCCAGGGUUCAGACCCGAGAGCCCUUACAGCACGUCUUACUCAUAUGGGUACCAGUCUCCCAGUGCGAACUACAACCAGUUUAUAUCACGACGAAGCCCGAGUUAUGGAAACAAGAGGCCGUCUCCAAACUCAACGUACUACAGUCGGGAUAGCGAGGCUUACGGCGCCUAUAACGUUUCAAAGUCGCCAAGCUCACACCAGAAUACCAAGAGAAAGCGCUCCCCAUCCAGCCCGUACACCUGGCGCAGGUCUCCUAGCUAUGGCCGCCACAGCCCGUAUGAGCAGUGGGAGCUCGCCUCAAGUCCCUACGGUCGAAGACGCUCCAGGAGUCCCUACCGAAAGUCCCUCAGCCCAAGCCCAGAUCCGAGGCGCCCUGGGCGCUCGCGAAGUCGUAGCCCGUACACAUCAUCGCGCCACUCGCGCUCCCGCAGCCGCCACCGGCACUCGCGCUCUCGCAGUCGACCUUCCAGCCUCUCGCCUAGCACGCUCACAUUCAAGAGUAGCCUGGCAGCUGAGCUCAGCAAGCAGAAGAGGGCCAAAGCUGCAGAGGCCGCCCGCAUUAAGAGCUCCAGCAACACCUCCACCCCAACCAAGGGCUCCUCAUCCUCCUCCAGUGCUCCCCAGCCCAGCCCUGUCCCCAAUCAUGCCGUCAAGAAGCCUCGGGCUCCGUCCCCGCAGCCUGUAUCUGAGAGAGGCCCCAGGACCCCCGUCUUGAGCCAGCCGCAGUCCCCUGUCGACAGGCCUGCCAAGGGUAGCUCAGAGGCCCCUCCACCUAGCAAGGACACCAGGGGGAAAGAGGAGCGGAAGAAGGGGCAGUCCUCUCAGGGGAAGGAGAAGGAGAGAGGGAACACUCAAGCGUCCUCUCUCUCUUCCCUGCCUCUACCCCCCAUCCUCCUUGAACAGAUUGAUGGAGCUGAUGGCUUGAAGAUCUCCUUACCACACUCAGGGAAAAAGAAACCAGAAAAGAAAACCCGCCACCUCCUGACUGAUCUCCCUCUACCUCCCGAACUUCCGGGUAGUACUCUUGGAUCACCUCAUAGCCCUCCAGAGGAGAAAAAGGCAUCUACUUUGCGCAAGAGACCCAAAAUAUGUGGCCCACGGUUUGGAGAGAUUAAGGAGACUGAGAUAGAUUGGGGGAAACGAUGUGUUGAUAAGUUUGAAAUCAUUGGGAUCACUGGAGAAGGUACCUAUGGACAAGUGUACAAAGCCAAGGAUAAGGACACUGCUGAGAUGGUGGCCCUAAAGAAGGUCCGAUUAGACAACGAGAAAGAGGGCUUUCCCAUCACUGCCAUCAGGGAGAUCAAGAUCCUACGGCAGCUCAACCACAAGAGCAUUAUCAAUAUGAAGGAGAUUGUCACAGACAAGGAGGAUGCGGUGGACUUUAAGAAUGAUAAAGGGGCAUUUUACUUGGUGUUUGAGUACAUGGAUCAUGACCUGAUGGGGCUUUUGGAAUCUGGCCUGGUUCAUUUCAAUGAGUCUCACAUUAAAUCCUUCAUGAGGCAGUUGCUAGAAGGCCUGGACUACUGCCACAAAAAGAACUUCCUGCACAGAGACAUAAAGUGCUCCAACAUCCUGCUCAAUAACAAGGGCCAGAUAAAACUGGCAGAUUUCGGCUUGGCUAGACUCUAUAACUCGGAGGAAAGCCGGCCCUACACCAAUAAGGUGAUCACCCUGUGGUACCGACCGCCUGAGCUCCUGCUUGGGGAAGAGCGGUACACCCCUGCUAUUGAUGUGUGGAGCUGCGGGUGCAUUCUUGGUGAACUCUUCACCAAGAAACCCAUUUUCCAGGCCAACCAGGAGUUGGCACAGUUAGAGCUGAUUAGUCGUAUCUGUGGUAGUCCUUGUCCUGCUGUGUGGCCAGAUGUGAUUAAACUGCCAUACUUCAACACCAUGAAACCAAAGAAACAAUAUCGACGCAGGCUGCGUGAAGAGUUUGCUUUUAUUCCUCCAACAGCUCUGGACCUGUUUGACCACAUGCUGGCCCUGGACCCCAGCAAGCGCUGUACAGCAGAGCAAGCUCUCAGCAGUGACUUCCUCAGAGACGUGGACCCAGCCAAGAUGCCCCCACCAGACCUCCCUCUGUGGCAGGACUGCCAUGAGCUGUGGAGUAAGAAGCGUCGGAGACAAAAGCAGAUGCCAGAGGAGCUGGCUGCUCCUAAAGCUCCUAGGAAGGAGCUGGGCUUGGACGACAGUCGCAGCAACACGCCUCAGGGUUUCCCUGCUGCCUCAGGGGGACACAAAGGUCCUGGUGCUGCCACUGGUGCCACCAUGCUGGACCCCAAAGGUCCCAACUCUCAGCUGACCCAGGAGCAGCUGGCUGUGCUUCUGAAUCUUCUCCAGUCUAAAAGUGCCCCACUGGGUACUGCACAGCUCUCCCAGGCCAUGGGCUUCAAAAUGAACUCCGACACACUGCAACAGCUUACCAAGGCCCUUCUGGCUGGCCCUGUUGAGCCUGACAGGCCCCCAGAGCCCCCUGCGCCUCCCCCCACGCAGCCAAAGGUGGCAAAACCACCCCACCCUCCUCUGACAGUGAGUGGUGCACCUCGAACCCCACCCCUGCCCAAGCCUCCGUCACCCCCAACCCCACAGCAGGCCAAGCCUGACGCAGAGGUUUCGGCUGCAGCGACACAGACUGCAGUCACUAUGCUGCUUGCUCAGCUCCUCAAGGUCCAGCAGAGUGCAGGUGCUGAACCGCUUGUGGCAGAAGGGCCGGACGGGACAAUUUCAGCUGCGGUGGGGGGAUCUGCCGCGCCCCCACUUUCUGCGGAGAUAAAACAGCCCCCAGAGCCCAGUCCUGUCUCGCCAGUGACUGAGGGGGGUGGGUCGUCCUCCAGAGCUUUGGAGCCGAUCUCUAUCCUGCCUCCUGACCAGAGACCUCCAGAGCCUCCGGAGCCCCCACCCUGUGCAGACCUAGACUACCGACAGGCCCCUGAGCCGAAGCAGAAUCUCUCCUCCUCCACAGGGGUAGGAGAGGCAACACGGCCCCCUGAGCCUGAUUAUCCUCCCCUGCCAAGGGGCGCUGAGGGACCUGGGUAUGGAGCAGACUACAGCCGCCCCCCCCUUCCACCCUUUGCCCCCACAGGCUUUGGCGACAGCUACCUCAGCCACAUGAUGGCAGGUGGAAUGGCCUCCCACGCCCUGAGGGAAGCCUUUAGUGGCAGUGUGAAUGUGCCUGCCCCCACCUCUGCUGCACCGGAACCCUUCACUCAUGCCGGAGCAGCAGCUGCUGGGAGCACUGGCGGGGCCUCUGGAGGAGGCACUAGUGCUAUGGUGUUCAGCGGAGACAAGGACCAUCGCUUCGAGUACAAUCACAGCCCUAUACCUGUGGAGAGCACCUCCCACCCCACCAGCAUACAUCUUUACAACCCUGCUAUUGGCCAAAAGGAUGGAGGACCACAUCCCCCUUCAAUACCCCCACCUCCUCCAGGCCAAGCCUGGAGCUCCCCCUCCCGGUCAGGGGCCCCACCCCUCCCACUUGGGUAUGUCCCCCAUUUGAACACUGCUGCACUAAGAGGCAGGGGACUACCUUACUGAUGGGCUCCCCAGUCUAAGAGGGGUAAUUUGGGGACAGACUCAUGCCUCAGAAAAGGAAGACUUAAAAAGACAGAAGCAGUUUCCGUCUCUCGAGCCAGCAGUGAGUGCUUUACAGAGGCGCACUCCAUUUGUAAUAAUUCUAAUGAUGGGUGCCGAGGUGCACUCCAGUGAAAGAAUGAGGCUUGAGUUCAAACUGGCGGUAUGAGAGAUGAGGGAAAUUGGUUUUUCUUCUCACACUUUUUCCCCCUCUCUAUGAUUUGGUAAUCUAUCCUACUGCUGUCUUUUAAAUUAAAUUUUACCUUUUUUGAGUGUGCAUUUACCAGCCAAGGUAAAUGUUUUUAUUAUCUGUACCUUAGUGUCUCCUUUAAUUGCAUAAGGACAUACUAGUAUUACAAUGUUUUGCACUACUGAGUAAAGUAGGUGGAAACAAAAAAAAAAGGUAUGAAAUGAAUGAUGUGCUGUAUCUGCACAAAAUGGAAUGACCAGUAAUGUAGUGUUUUUUUUGGUUGUUGUUUUUUUUAAAUUUGAUUUUACUUUUUUUUUCUUUUCUUUUUUUUUUUUCUUUUUUUUUUUGUUUACAUUUUCUAAACAAGUAAACAUCAAUGGGCUUAGUCAAUUAUUUGCUGGAGUGCUUUUUUUCAAAAGUACUCCAGAGAGGUUGUCAGCACUUGAGUGACUAGGUUCCUUUAAAUUGGUGUCUCUGCUGUACAACUGAAUGGAACAAAUCCUGCUUACCAAUUCCACCAGCCCUUGUCUAUAGCCAAAUUGUAAAAUUGAAACUAAAACAAAAAACGUUGAAUCUAGUUCCUAAAAACAGGAGCUAUAAAGGGGUUUUUUUUUGUUUGUUUGUUUUUGUUUGUUUGUUUUUUUGGCAAAUGUUUAUUAAAGAAAAGCCAACAAUGUAUAUCUUUUAGUGUCCAUUUUCUUAUGUGUAAACACUUCUAAUUGCAGUAGUUGCAAUAUGCUUCUAGCAGAACUGAUAAGAGAAUACUUUCCCAAACCCAUGACCUCACUCACGUGUUUGAACUGAAUCGCUUCUCCAGUGUGCUCUUCGCUCAGUGUGCCCUCACAGCUAGUGCAGAAGUUGCCACUGGUUUGACAAAUCCUUAGUGUUUGCUCUGCUCUGCCAUCUGAUCCAACUGCUGUUCCCACCAUCAAGCCAUUCAUGAGCUAAAUCAGGGCUGUUGGAGCAGGAGGGCGAGAGGAGCAGGACUAGGAAACGUUGGCCUACAUGACACCAGUAGCUAGCUAAUGAGCUCAUGACUAACCUUGUCAUUGCACUUGCAACACAUUGGGUUGGUGUUUUUCCUUGAGCACAUGUGUAUUGCAAAUUGGUGAGUUGCACCAACACACCUGAUUCACCUUCUUUAGGUUGGGUAAAAGCAUUGGCGACCUGAUGUGAUUUGGGCUGCACAGAAUAAACUGCAGGUAUGGAAUUAACUCAAGACAAUUCAAAACAAUUUGUGUUAUGAGGAAGCCAUCUUUUAGCUAUCUGGGAUGUCAGAACUAACCCCUGCAUCAAAGCUACAAGAAACUACCAGCCACUAGACUUGUUUUUAAUGUAGUUUUUAAUUUCUAUAUGAUAUUUUAGUUCCAUGUGAAUUUUUGUUUAGCUUCAGGUUUCAGGAAGGAUUUAAUUUUAAAAUCACAUUUCUACUAUUUCUACUAGUGCAGCAUAUAGGACAUGCUUUUUUGCGCU